AUGACAAUGCUAGCAGGAAAGCCCAUCACCCAGAACGGGCUGGGUCUAAUGCGUAAGACGUCAUCAUCCCCAAUUCGAAAACAAGAAGAAGAUUCUAACGUUCUACUAGGUCUGACCUGGAAAGAUGACGUGACUCCCGAUGAAAAGGCCUUCAAGAUCCUCAAAGCUGCCCUCGCCGCCGGAGUCAAUGUCUGGAAUGGUGCCGAUUUCUACGGAACCCCGGAUAGCAACUCCCUCCACCUGAUGAACCGCUACUUCACCAGAUACCCCGAAGAUGCCGAAAAGGUAGUCCUGACAAUCAAAAGCGGCAUCGUCGAUAUGCGCACCUUCAAAAUGGACGGCUCCCCAGCAGCGGUACGCAACUUUGUGGAUCGCGCCAAUAUAAUCCUCGACGGGAAGAAGAAAAUUGACAUCUUCGGCUGCGCACGCGUCGAUAAGAACACCCCCAUCGAGGAAACAGUAGGAUGUUUAGCUGAAUUGGUCAGCGAGGGAAAAAUUGGAGGCAUCCAACUGAGCGAAGUGGGCUCCGAUACGAUCCGACGCGCAGCAAAGGUCACUAAGAUUGAUAUGGUCGAAGCGGAGAUCAGCCUGUGGGCUACGGACGUGUUUGAGAAUGGCGUCGCAGAGUCUUGUGCUGAGUUGGGGAUUGUGAUGGUUGCGCAUACGCCUCUGGGGGCGGGUAUGCUCACGGGCCAGAUCAAGAGCCUCGAUGAUAUGCUUGCUAAUGAUUAUCAUCGAUUCUUUCCGCGUUUCCAGCCUGAGAACUUUGAUACCAACUUGCAGCUUGUUGCAAAGAUCAGGGAUAUUGCUGAGGGGAAGGGGUGUACGCCUGCUCAGCUGGCGCUUUCUUGGAUUAAAGCGCAAAGUGGUCAGCCAGGGAUGCCGGUCUUUGUUCCUGUGGCUGGUGCGAGGUCUGAGGAGAGGGUGCGUGAGAACGCAAGAGAUGUUCAGUUGUCACAUGUUGAUAUUGGGGCUAUUAAAAGUAUUUUGGAUAGCUUUCCUGUUGCAGGUGAUAGAUAUCCCCCGGCCGCUGCGAAGCUGACCGAGUAUUGA